CACCGCCUGCCAUUUCUGUCUCGGUCAGGAAUAUGCUGUUAAUGAGAGGCUCUGAAGCAGCUCAGAUAGGUGGUACGGUGGAGUCAGUUUAAACAGAAGCUGUCACUCCUCUGAGGGAAACAUUUCUCCUUUCAGAGGUGGCCACCACUAUUCAAUCCCCCUUUUUCUUCCACUUUCUGGUAUUUUCUUGCCAGAACAUGAGAGCCUUCUUACUCUCCUUCUUGCCCUGUCUAUACCUGGUGCCUCCAUGUAAUCCCAUGAAGGGCCUGGAGUUCCCCAGCUUUGAUGGCAAGGACAGGCUGAUCAACAUCAAUGAAAGAAACUACAAGAAAGCCCUGAAGAGGUACGACGUGCUGUGUCUGCUGUGCCACCAGCCUCCUUCUACCAGCAAGAACCUACAUAAGCAGCAUCUGAGCAAGCUGGUCCUGGAGGUGAGGGGGUAUAUGCUCACUGCCCAAGUCCUGGAGGACAAGGACAUUGGCUUCGGAAUGAUCGAUUCCCACCAGGAUGCUAAAGUGGCUAAGAAGCUGGGGUUAGAGGAAGAAGGGAGCCUGUACACCAUCAAAGAGGGGCAAGUCAUGGAGUACAAAGGGCGUCUCUCUGCAGACACCUUGAUGGGGUUCCUCUUGGAUCUGCUGAAAGAACCAGUGGAGCUCAUCAGUAGCCCAGUGGAGCUGCGUGCUUUCAGCCGUAUGCAAGAGGACAUCCGUCUUAUCGGCUAUUUCAAGCGAGAGGACUCGGAGCACUUCAAGGCUUUUCAGGAAGCUGCCAGGAAGUUCCAGCCGUAUGUUAAGUUUUUCGCUACCUUUGAUAAAGCAGUGGCCCGACAGUUGACUCUGAAGAUAAAUGAACUGGAUCUCUAUGAGCCUUUCAUGGAGGAACCAGUAACCAUUCCGGGAAAAAUUCACUCUGAGCAGGAAAUUGUGGAUUUUGUGACAGAACACAGAAGACCUGCCAUGAGAAAGCUGCAGGCAGGGGACCUGUUUCAGACCUGGGAAGAUAAUGUCAAUGGUAUCCACAUUGUGGCCUUUGCAGAGAAGGAAGACCCUGAUGGGUACGAGUUCCUGGAAAUCCUGAAGGAGGUGGCAAGGAGCAACACGGACAACCCCCAACUGAGUAUGUUGUGGAUCGAUCCAGACGACUUCCCCUUGCUGAUCACAUACUGGGAGAAGACCUUUCAUGUAGACCUGUUAAAGCCUCAGAUUGGGGUGGUAAAUGUUACAGGUGCGGACAGCAUAUGGCUGAACAUGGCUGCUAACGAAGAUCUGCCUUCUGCUGAGGAAGUGGAGCACUGGAUUAAGGAUGUCAUAUCGGGCAAGUUCCGCACUGAGGAUGAUGAUGAAGAUGGAGGUGAGUUCAGCAAAGAUGAGGAAGACGAUGAAAGCUAUGAAGAUGGGGAUGAUGUAGAAGAGUAUGCUGAAGAUGAGGAUUACGAAGAUGAGGAUUAUGAAGAUGAGGAAGAUGAAGACAAAGAUGAUGAUGAUGAUGAUGAUGAUGAUGACGACGAUGAUGAUGAAAACUGUGAUUAAAGAAUGUUGGUCCUGGGAGAAAACAUGGACAAAGAUGACAGACAGUACAUUUCUUGAUAGACCAACACCUGAUUACUUCAGAAACACCUAACUGUUCAAAUGAAAAGAUAAUCCAGUUUAUUUCAGUAGCUUUGCUAACCUCUUUAACAGUAAAUGUUAUACUGUUGACUCCUGCUUCUCUUUCUGUAGUCACAUGACUAUUUAAGUGUUGUUAUGUAGCCAAAGCUAAGCAGGAUGCUGAAAUUUUUUUUAAAACAGCAUUAAAAAAUUCACAUUUAUUUACAAGAAGAA